CUUGGGGCGAAAGACUGGUCUGAGUGGAUUCCUCGGCCGGGCUGAGGUGGCCCCCGGGGGGGCCCAUCGCUGUAGCUUUGGCCAGCUGCCCAGGAAGAGGCUCAGCACAGCAGAGUCCGGUGUUUCCGGCUUCGGGGGGGUCUUGGGACACAGACCCCACCAGGUCUCAGGAAUUGAUUUGCCCCCGUGUGGAGAAGAGCAGCCCAGCAACACCCAUGGCUGUCAGCCAAGAGCAUUAUGGGGACUAUCACCGCCUGCCAGACUAUGCAGAGGACUCUCCCCCUGAGGAGGAGGAGCAGCUGUUGGUGCACGUCACAGAGGGCCUGAAAGAUUCCUGGCAUCAUAUCAAGAAUUUAGAUAACUUCUUCACCAAAAUCUAUCACUUCCACCAGAAGAAUGGGUUUGCCUGCAUGAUGCUGUCUGACAUCUUUGAACUGGUGCAGUUCCUGUUUGUGGUCACAUUCACCACCUUCUUGUUCUGCUGCGUGGAGUAUGAUGUGCUGUUUGCCAACCGGCCCGUCAAUCACACACAGCCGGGAGGCAGCCUGGCACCAGACCGAGGCAAGGUGACGCUGCCAGAUGCCAUCCUGCCCACGCCACAGUGUGCUGAGAGGAUCCGGGCCAGCGGCUGGAUCAUCUUCCUGCUGGUGAUGGCUGCCACCUUCUGGCUCUAUCGCCUGGCAAAGGUGCUCUGCAGCCUCCUUGGCUACUGGGAGAUCCGUGCCUUUUACACCAAGGCCCUCAAGAUCCCCUCAGACGAGCUGUGCAACCGCAGCUGGCAGGAGGUGCAGGCGCGCCUGAUCUCGCUGCAGAGGGAGCAGCAGAUGUGCGUGCACAAGCGGGAGCUGACGGAGCUGGACAUCCACCACCGGAUCUUGCGCUUCAAGAACUACCUGGUGGCCAUGGUGAACAAGUCGCUGCUGCCGGUCCGCUUCCGGCUGCCCCUGCUGGGCGAGGUGGUCUUCCUGACGCAGGGCCUCAAGUACAACCUAGAGCUGCUCUUCUUCUGGGGGCCCGGCUCCCUCUUCCAGAGCAAGUGGAACCUCCAGCCCCAGUACAAGCGGCUGGGGGCGCGCCUGCUGCUGGCCCGCCGCCUGGGGCGCAGCAUGGUGCUGCUGGGGCUGGCCAACCUGCUGCUGUGCCCCUUCAUCCUGGUGUGGCAGGUGCUGUACGCCUUCUUCAGCUACACGGAGGUGCUGAAGCGGGAGCCGGGCAGCCUGGGGGCCCGCCGCUGGUCGCUCUACGGCCGCCUCUACCUGCGCCACUUCAACGAGCUGGACCACGAGCUGCACGCCCGCCUGAGCCGCGGCUACAAGCCUGCCUCCAAGUACAUGAACUCCUUCACCAGCCCUCUGCUCACGGUGCUGGCCAAGAACGUCGGCUUCUUUGCCGGCUCCAUCCUGGCCGUGCUCAUCGCCCUCACCGUCUACGACGAGGACGUCCUCACCGUGCAGCACAUCCUGACCACCCUCACCCUCCUGGGCCUGGUCGUCACUGUGGCCAGGUCCUUCAUCCCGGACGAGCACAUGGUGUGGUGCCCGGAGCAGCUCCUGCAGUGCGUCUUGGCGCACAUCCACUACAUCCCUGACCACUGGCCGGGCAACGCCCACAAGUCUGAGACCCGGGAAGAGAUGGCCCAGCUCUUCCAGUACAAGGCUGUCUUCAUCCUGGAGGAGCUGCUGAGCCCCAUCGUGACUCCCUUCCUCCUCAUCUUUGCCCUGCGGGCCAAGGCUCUGGACAUCAUCGACUUCUUCCGCAACUUCUCUGUGGAGGUGGUGGGCGUGGGAGACAUCUGCUCCUUCGCUCAGCUGGACAUCCGCAACCACGGCAACCCCCAGUGGCUGUCCCAGGGCCGCACGGAGGCUUCAGUGUACCAGCAGGCGGAGAACGGCAAGACGGAGCUCUCGCUUGUGCACUUCGCCAUCACCAACCCGUGCUGGCAGCCGCCCCCGGAGAGCUCCCUCUUCAUCGGGCACCUGAAGGAGAAGGUGCAGCAGGACGCGGCCCACGCACCGCCCGCCCAGCGCCUCCUGGCCGAGGCCCCGUUCAGCACCUCUCUGCUGUCAGACGAGGGCCCCAGCACCAUGCCAGACGCCCUCCUGGCCAGCGUCCUGGCCCACCCCAUCCUGGCAUCCCAAGCAGACCGGCAACGCCCUGGCAGCACAGCCAGCGCGGCUGCCAGCAUCUUGGCCUCGCUGUCCUGCUCCCAGUUGCCGCGGCGCAGCUACCCUCCUCCACUGGGCGAGAAUUCUGUGUACCGCAGCGACAGCACCCUCCUCGGGGACAGUGUCGCCCCAUCAGCAUCCCACCAGGGACCCCUCACCCGCUCCGUUGUGCUGUCUGAGUUUGCCUCUGCUGAGAUGAGUCUGCAUGCCAUUUACAUGCAUGAGCUUCACCAGCAGCAGCAGCAGCAGCCGCCGCCACCGGCACCAAGCCCAGCUUCUUUCCGGACUUCCGAGCAAGCACAAGCAGAUGCCACGACGCCUGAUCUCUCUCUGGGGGGCUGGGAGGAAGAGGAAGACCCAGAGGCCCAGCAGCAGCAGGAGAGGGAGAAAUGCUAGCCCCCCUCCUCCCGGUGGACCCCUCCUCUGUUUCUUAGUAUUUCUGGGCACUUGGAAACUGCCAGCGCUGCCUUCCCAGGAUGGUCCCGCCCGCCUGCUGCAGGAGCAUGGUGACACGAGGCGGAGCAGCAGGGGCCGGCCACGCCUCCCCCCCCGCCCCAUCUCAGGUGGUUGCAGCCGCCCCUGCCUCGGCUGUGGUGUGGCCAGGAGAAGGGCACUGCCUGUGUGGAUGCUGGGCCCCUCCUCGCUUUGGGUGUGUGCCCUCCUCUGGGGUGAAUAAGCUACGGGCCCAACCCGGCCCUGCACGGUGCUACUAGUACGUAGAGAGUUCCUGUGGUCAAUGCCAAACGGCUUGGGAGGGGCGGGGAAUGGCCGCAGCCUCCUUGGGGGGCUGCAAAGGCCCUUCUGGACCCCCACGCUUUGCCCCGCCUCUCCCUCCCUCCCCCCACUUCUGCUGCUGUAUGAUGUCACUUGUGCUGGGCCCUGUUCUUUGGCGAGGAGCUGCUGAUGCCUGGCGGGGCGGGGGGGGGGGGCUUUGUGUGUCAUGGCGCCCCCGCCGCCCCCAGACUAUAAUGGGACAAUAAAUGUUUACAGGUGUGA